CUCCUAUACUCUCUCCAGGCCCUCGUUUGCCAAGGAUACCUUUUCACAAGUAGCAAGCCUCAACGUUUUCACGUCAAAGCAUUUUUAUUGCAAAUAAAGCCGACACCAUMAUCUAUCAACCAGUAGGGGAGAUUUCAAAGAGCUUCUGAAGACAUUUGGACUACUAUAUUUCUCUGGUGAAAGUGGGCUUCCAUAUUUGAAAAUGUCAAGUCGUUCAACAAUGAACUUGCAGCUACAUUAACGCUCUUCUGGCCUUGAGUCGUGGGAAAUCAACACACAAAGAUGGAGCAGAAAAUGGAAGUGCCCAAUUACAUGAGGAAGGCGAUGGAUCAAUUAACAGAAGCCAAAAAUACCAUGAUGUAUUAUAUGGGCAAACAUCCACUCGUAACACUCAAACUUUUUUAUUUCUUUGCUCUAUCCUCCUUCAGCCUUAAAGUUGUAUAUAUGCCUUUGUACUUCAAACAAGUYGGCUUGCCAGCAAGUUAUGCAGGGRUUUUAGCAGGACUUCCCCCGUUCAUUCGAGGCGGCGGAGCAUUCUUUCUUGGAGUGCUAGCAGACAAGCUUARAAAGAGAAGAACAUUAUUUCUCAUCAGCCUUACAGCCAAUAUGAUCAUUCCAUUACUUUGCUUAAUUCCAAGGGUUCAGUACCCAGUUUGUGAUAUUGACUUCACCGAAGAACCUGUAACUGAUCCACUGGGUAUGCCGUUAGAAAAUGGUAAUCCACAGGGACAAGUCAAGAUGUUCCUUCCACAUACCAUCAUAGAUAUUCAGCGAAAUAACUCUGCUCCUCCAUCAGUCGUACAGGUCUUGUAUUACCAAAGUAAUGGAAGUCUAGCCAAAGAUCAGAAUCCCAAGAUAAAUUCUCUAUCCUAUUCAACCAUGAAGCGCGUAAGACGUCCUGUUGUGAAAUAUCAUCUUCAUGCUAAGGAAGCCUCGCAUCAACUUGCCAUGUACGACAUGAGAACAUUACGUGCUAAAGAUCAAAAGCCACAAAUGAAAAAUACUGUCUCUCAUUCAUCCAGAAAUCGUCCACGGCGUUCUGCUGUUAAAGAUCUUGUUAACGGAAAAGAUGCAUCAGCACAGCUUGGAAUAUUCGAGUUUUACAGGAGAACCUCUGGUAGGCGCUCAGAAAUUAUUAGUAAAAUUGAAACACGGCAGGAAAACGACGCUGGCAAGAGAAAAGAAUCUAAGACUUURAAAUCAAGUAAAAAGACACCACAAGAAAGCCACGACAUGCUUGUCACAAUAUUUCUAACGUUACUAAUCUUGCUGAUAAUUGGUGAGUUCCUUGGMGGACCUCUUAGGAGUCUGGCUGACCUGUCCGUACUGGAGACAAUGGGAGGCGACAAGACUAACUAUGGUGACGUCGCUCUUUGGAUGCAAGUCGGUAAAAUAUUCCUAGCACCAACAAUAUUAAUUCUCAUUCGGAGCUAUCCAUUGCAUWUAUGUGACCAAGUCAAAGACAACUACGAGUAUUCGUUGUAUCCUCUUGCAGCAUUCAGUGUAUUCUCUAUGAUAUUUGGYUUCAACAUCAAAUUCCAAGGUGACUAUGAAGAGAAUACGAAAUGUGAUGAGGAUCAUCCUGAUAAAGACAAAACACUAGCUGAUGUCAUCUUCACAUUCAAAACGUUCACAAUAUUGGUMCUGUCGUUCUUUGCUGGGGGUCUAAGCGCGGUGCAUUACACGUUUAUAUUCUGGUACUUAACAGAUCUGAGCCCAAAAGAUUCCGCCGUUGUGAUUGCAGUAGUGAUYGUCCUGAGAGACAUUGURUCCUCCAUAUCAUACAAGCUAUCGGGACGAGCACUGACGUUCUUUGGCCCUGUGAAUACCCUCCACGUUGCACUUUUGCUGUACAUAAUCAGUUUUCUGUCGUACGCUGUGAUGACUAAUCCAUGGUUCGCUGUUUUACCGGAGAUCGUCCAGUAUAUCGUGUUCCCAUUGGCRUAUUCUAGUUUUGUGGUGUAUCUUGGGAACAAUACUCCACCACACCUGAACGCUACAAUUCAAGGUGUCUAUCAAUGCCUGUACUAUGGAGUGGGGUUUGGAUGUGGUCCAAUCUUGGCYGGUGUYCUCUUCGAGCAUAUGGGAGGAGCUAACACUUUUCUAGUGUUUUCUGCAAUCAGUUUUGCGCUGCUGCUAUUCUCGUUGUGCCGUCAUGCCAUAACCCGCCAUUUUGACAAUCUUGAUGAUGACAGCUAUAAGCCAGUUCCGGACGAAGACGGAGAAGAAGAAGAAUUUAUCAAAGAGAAUGCCGAUUAUUGAUAUAAAUUAAUAUAAAGUAAUAUAAUUAGUAUAAUAUAUUUGUACUAAUAGUAAUUCGCAGGUCCAGUGGUUUGGGUAAUAGUUCCCUUACAAUUAACUAUGUUUAAGUGAAAAUUUCGUACCUGGAUAUAUACAGAAGGACAUGUAUAUAUUCUCUAUGCACGCAGUAAGGAGCAUACAGAUGAGGAGCCAUAAAAACACGACGUAUUUUGACCAAAAGUGCAAUCGCACAUUUCUAGUUUUUCCGUAAAUUAUUCUAGUUUUUAGCAGAUUCAAUGACUUCUUAAUUUAUUAACUUGCCAAAAACAACUUUGAUAGAGUAAGCUAGGCAUUGUUCACACUGUUGAGUUUUGUGGCCUUUAUUCGUUUUUAAUAGUCUUCUUCACGGUUUCCUGCACCAUCUUGAAAGGUAGCCGUGCCUUUGCAUAUCAAAGCGAGACGACCGU